AUGAAGGGUCAGAUUAAUCGUGCCAAUAGCACUUCCAGUUCCUCUUCCACCACCACCACCACACCUAAGAACGGAUAUCGUCGUACGUCCCGUUAUGGCAACGGCAAUGGUUCGCCCAAUAUCACCAGUCCAACCACCCCACCUACCAACGCUUCUAAUGGUACCUCAGGUGACGAUAGUUUAGGAAAUAACAGAUUGUUGUAUUUAGUUUCGAAAUCAAUUGGCAAGAAAUGUAUUGCCACCAUAACUGAUGGGUCAAGGUACCAGGGAUUGUUGGUGAAUGCAGAUUUGUCACCUACAGGAACAAGUGCUAUGUCAGUGGUAUUAUUGAAACCUCAAUUAGUUUCCAAAAGCUUGCUUAAUGAAAAGAAUAACCUUGAUGUAGGCAAAUUGCCUGAAAAUUUGAUUAUUCAAGCUAAGGAUUUGAUUGAUUUGGAAAUUACUGAUCUUGACUUGACGGAAAAAGUGGAAUCAACCACUGCUCAACAACCUGAACCUACUCCUGUGCAAACGGUUGAUUUAACAACUCCACCACCACCACCACCAGUAGUCAAGGAAGUCUCUCCUUCCAAAUUCAAAACUGAUGUUGAUAUUUCCGGAAAACUUCAAAUUAAAGAACGUGAAUUACAAAGAUGGGUUCCUGAUGAAUCAAUUGAUCACCCACAAUUUAGUUUGGAAGACGAUGCUGGAGAAUGGGAUCAAUUCAAAGUCAACCAAGAACGUUUUGGUGUUGAAUCUACCUAUGAUGAACAUUUGUAUACUACAAGAAUCGACACUUCGGCUCCAGAUUAUCAUGAACGUGUUGCCCGAGCAGAACAAAUUGCUCGAGAUAUUGAAACUCUGACUACAACUGAUAGACAUAUUCUUGAAGAGAGAGGCGUAAUGGUUGAUGAUAGUGGCAUGGAUGAAGAAGAUAAAUAUUCUGGUGUUGCCAGAGGUGGUGAAGAAUUAAUGGCAGCAUUAAGAAAUGCCACCAUUUCAGCAGGUCCAAGUACAUUGAACAAGUCAUCUCCUGGGAAAUAUGUGCCACCAAGACAAAGAGCUGCCCACUAUCAUAACGAUCCAGCUAUAAUAUCAAGUUCUGCAACCAAUAGGAAGGUUGUAUCACCUCCACCUAAUUCUGAAAUUCCACCCGUGUCUAAGGUUGAAACCCCACCAGUUGAUGAGAAACCACAAUCUCCAGCUCAAGCAACUCCUGUUGCUGCAGCUAGUUCGACAAAGGAAACCACAACUCCAGUUCCAGUCGACACUCCAAUUAGUCGCACUUCCACUUCUACCUCCACUCCUGACAUUAAGAAACCAUCACCACCUAAAAAGACACAACCUGAUUCGAUCCCUCCAAAACCACAAGUUCUGGCUCAACAUAAUGAAUCGUUUAGAUUGAAUGCUCAAAGCGAAAUUAACUCAUUACGUGAAUUUAGCGCAAACUUUAAAAUACCUCAUAAAAUGCCACAAGAUUUAUUACCUAUAUUAUCUAAAGAUAAAUUAAAGCAAGAUGAGAUUUUAAAGAAGCAACAGCAAGUUGCAGCUGCUGCGGCGGUAGCAGCAGCUACAGCCACUACUACUAGUUCUAUUGCUGCAACUCCAUCUGCAUCUCAAGAAUCAGUAUCUCCACCUGAAAAGAAGAAAGAAACUUCCAAGACUUUUAAAUUAAACCCAAAGGCAGCAGCAUUUACACCAUCUACAAAACACGCACAAUUAACCUCUCCACCAAAGACCAAUUUCAGAUCACCAAUUAAUGACCCUUCACCAAGAGCAUCACAAUCAAGACCAUAUUCUUCAAACGGAAGCAUCAGUUCUCAAGGUACUUCUAAAAGACAUCAUCAAAUUUCCCCAGCAGAAUUCUUUGGAGGUAACGAUAAAAUUCCAACUAGAGAAUCCCAAGAAAAGAAAAUCAAUGCAUUUAAAUUUGCAUUUAGUUUAUUCAUAACCACCAAAGACAAACAUGAAGGAACUGGUCCAGUUGUUUUUGAAAAGACGUUCCAAACCCCACCAACUUGGGAUUCUACUAUUGAUGAAACUCACGAAAAAUUAUUCCCCCAAAUUCCACCCAAGGUAGCGACAGGCGCCCCAGGUGCUCCAGGAAUGAUUCUUCCUGUUGCUUCACCAUUCAUACCUAAUCCAAUGAUGGCUGGUGGUGCACCAGGAAUACCGGCAGGUGCAGCAGGUCAAUAUCCAAACAAAUUCCACAUGACUCCACAACAGCAGCAACAGCAACAACAAGCGGCUGCAGCUGCUGCCGCCGCAGCAAUGGCUGUCCAAUUCCAACAACAACAACAAAUGCAUGCAGCCAUGUUAUACCAACAACAACAUCCACAAGCACAACAGCAAUUCCCAGUACCACCUCCUGCGCCGGGACAACCGCCACUAAUGUAUCCUGGAGCAGAACCGUUCUUACCACCUGGUGGAUUUAUACCACCUCCAGGUGCGGGAUUCAUGUCGACUGGUAGUCCAGUGAAUGGUAAUAUUAUUAUGGGUCAAUAUGGAGGUGCAAACCAACAACAACAACAUAAUUAUAAUAAUCAUCAUCAUAGCGGAGGUAAUAGAAGAUACAGUGGCCAUUCUAAACGAGGAGGAGGUAGUACCAGUGGUGCCAGUGGCGGAAGUGGCCAUAGUUAG